AUAAUAAUACUCCAAACCUAUCUUCCCCUCAACGUUCUUGUCAGUUAGCUUUUCCCUGGAUUUCUCUAUUGCUGUCAGAAUUCUGGAAUUCUUCCUAGAUUCAAAACCUGGUAGACAAGUCUGAUAUCCCUUUCCCUCUCUCACAUUCUAUCAGUUUCUACUAUAUUUUGUGGUUACUCAAGUGCAUGUCUAUCUCCUAUCUCCCUUAUUAGAUUUUAAGUUCUUAAGGGGCACAGACCUUGUCUUAUCUAUCUCCCUGGGGCCUAUCACACAGCAUAGCUUAUAGACAGAUAUUCCAGAAAUGACUAAUAACCUUCUCCUUGAUGCCUCAGGCUUGUCUACAUCUUGCAACUGUCACCUGGCUGAGAAAUUUCCUCUAUAAAUAAGCAGUUUCUGUUUCAGGUAUGGUUUGCCAUUGAUAUUUACACUCCUUCUCUUACCCCACCCAAGCCUCAAACUUAGAAACUGGAAUUGGAGGUGGUAUUCAAAUCCUGAGCCACAGUACAAGGAGACAGCCCCCAUAAGAACCAAGUCAUCGACGUGAAGUUGUUUUUUUUCCUCGACAUUUUAGCUGCUGUCACUACAUUUGCUGGGGAAUUCUUGACGAGAUUUUACUUGUCCUUCCAUGCUGUUCUUUCUGUGGUUUCCUCGUUUCUUUUUGCAAUCAACUUCCAGAUGGCUCAGCAGUGCUUCCAAAACGAAUAUUUUGACAGAUUGCUUAAUGCUUGCAAACCGUGUCUGCUUCGAUGUCCUAACACUCCUCCUCUAACAUGCCAACGUUACUGUGAUGCAAGUAAUGUAUUCUCUCUCUGAUGUUCUUCCAAUUCAGUGAAAGGAACAAAUGUGAUUCUCUGGAGCUGUUUGGGCCUGAGCUUGAUAGCCUCUUUGACAGUUUUCGUGUUGAUGUUCUUGCUAAGGAAGAUGAACUCUGAACCAUCGAAGGACGAAUUUAAAAACACAGGGCCGGCUCUCCAGCAUGAGGCAGAUGCUGACCUGGACAAAAGCAAGACUGGGGCUGAAGUGCUUCCUCCGAGAGGCCUGGAGUACACGGUAGAAGAAUGUACCUGUGAAGACUGUGUCAAGAACAAACCAAAGGUCGACUCUGAUCACCUCUUUCCCCUUCCGGCCAUGGAGGAAGGCGCAACCAUUCUUGUCACCACGAAAACCAACGACUACUGCAAUAGCCUGCCAGUUGCUGUGAGUGUCACAGGGAUGGAGAAAUCAAUUUAUACUAGAUAAUUACCUUUUCAACUGGUGUAGAGCUACUCUAAAAUCUCAUGUCAGAAGGAAAGGAUGACACAUUAGAUCUCUUUAGGAUGACUGUACUUAUCAGUUGCUGAUACAGCUUUUUAUCCUCUAAUUCUGGAAAAUCUUUAUGGUAGAUAUAUUUCUCUAUCUUAUUGUUGGGAGCUUACUGUGGGAACUUCCUUGGUUUCAUGAUUAAAGUCCUGACUCACUGAAAAAACACACCGCAAUGUACAGAUCUCAUAGUCACACAUCUCUAUGGCUAGACCACUUCUAUACACGCACAUAUACAUUUCAGGACAGACUGGGUUUUUCUCUUCAUUGUUAAAGGAAAGCAAGGUUAUCCUAUGUACUUCUGUAGCUAGGACAAGCCUAGAGUCAGCCACACUCGUUCAGUGUGCAAUGCAUGGGUGGUUUCUGAUCUUGUGAGCUUCCAGCUUAACAGAAGCAUCAGGCAUUAUUAUAAUCACGCAAAUA